AUGGUGGUAGUGGAGGAUGCCUCUACUCGCGGGGAAAUUGAGCGGUUGCGCGAUGCAGGAGAGCUGGCGGAGUUGCAGCAGCGCCUGCAAAAGAGAAUCCAAUUUGGCACCGCUGGUCUCCGGGGUCGCAUGGCAGCGGGCUUCUCUUGCAUGAAUUCUUUGACUGUUAUUCAGGCAUCGCAGGGUCUGGCGAUGUACUUGAAGAAGCAUCAUGGUGAUAUUGCCUCCUAUGGCGUCGUCAUUGGCCAUGAUGCCCGCUACAAUUCCGCCAAGUUCGCCGCUCUGGCAGCAAAUGCUUUCAUCGCACAGAGGAUCCCGGUCUGGUUCUACUCCGAGCCUUCUGUUACGCCGACGGUGCCUUUCGGUGUAACCCAACUGCAUGCUGCUGCAGGCAUCAUGGUUACGGCAAGCCAUAAUCCAGCACAAGAUAAUGGUAGGUUGCCAUGGCUUGCUCCUCGACAGCCGGACCGUAUCACUGACGGACGUGGCGAACAGGUUACAAACUAUUUCAAAAAUGGCGCCCAGAUCAAUACCCCCAUGGAUGUGGAGAUAGCUCGAUCUAUCGAGGAGAAUCUGACACCCUGGCCCAACGCUUGGAAAGACUUGCAGCCCGGUGAAUAUUUGCGCCCCAAGGCGUACGACAAUCUCCUGCCACACUACAACACAGCAGUAUGGCAAUACGCUACAUACACAGUGCGGGAAUGGAAGCAGCCACAGCCAUUUGUGUACACUCCUCUGCAUGGUGUAGGAGGCCUGGUAUUCCCCAGCUUGUGCCGUUCCGUUGGUAUCAAAGAUUUCACUGUCGUCCCAGAACAAGAAGAACCGAACCCCGACUUUCCCACGGUAGCUUUUCCCAAUCCCGAAGAGGUUGGAGCUUUGGAUCUCGCCAUGCGCACCGCGGAUCGGGAGGGCAGAGAACUGAUUAUCGCACAUGAUCCGGAUGCAGACCGCUUUGCGGCUGCUGAGAAGGUCAAUGGAUCGUGGUUCACUUUCACCGGAAACCAUUUGGGAGUACUGCUUGCAUCGCACUUGUUUGAUUCCUUGGAGACCAUCGACAGCGACACACGAAUCGCCGUACUCAACUCGACCGUCUCGACGUGCAUGUUGGAGAAAAUGGCAAAGGCAAAGGGGAUGCAUUACGAGGAAGCAUUGACCGGUUUCAAGUGGAUGGGCAACAUCGCGCGAAGACUCGAAGAACUCGGCUACUAUGUUCCAUUCGCCUUUGAAGAAGCGCUUGGAUACAUGUUUCCGGAAGUGUGCUACGACAAGGACGGUAUUUCCGCCGCCAUGGUGUUCUUGCUAGCCCAAGCCAAAUGGAAUGCUCAAGGACUCACCCCAUAUACGAAGCUUCAGCAACUCUUCAAGGAACAUGGGCACCACGAGACUCUCAACACCUACGUCCGAUCCACGGACCCAGAGCUCACCAUGGACCUAUUCCGAAAGAUCAGAUCUGGACAGUUCGGCGCCGGAAAGUCCUUUGGCUCCUUCAACAUCCAGCGAUGGCGAGACCUGACGGAGGGUUACGACUCGGGAACCGAGGACCACACGCCCACACUUCCGGUUGAUAAGAGCACCCAGAUGCUGACACUAUGGCUGGAUCGGGAAGUCAGAUUCACCAUUCGUGCAUCGGGCACAGAACCCAAAGUCAAAAUCUAUAUUGAGAGCAGCGGAGCAUCGCAAGACCAAGCCGUCGAGGCUGUCCGUGACACAUUCCUGACCGUUAUCAAAGAAUGGGUCCAGCCUUUUGCUCCAGCCAUGACGUACAACGAGCAACAGGUUACAUCCUCGGGCAUUAAGUUUCCGGUGAAAUAA